UAAGCAUUUCAUUCUUAUUAGGUCAACUCAGUAAAUGAUGUACAAAAUGAAAUUAUACCAUGCGGUUAUUCAGUGAAAGUUCAAGGUGAUAUGAACAUUGUAUAUGAAUCUUAUGCUCAUGAACCGUCUGAUGAAAUUUGUCAAAAUGACAUUUCUGAAGAAUCUAAUAGUAAUGAAAUUGCUGAUCAUGAUACUAUGUAUAUUACUGAUAAUAAUGAUCAACAGAUUUUCACUAAUGAACUAAAUAAUGAAGUUUGUAAUUUACCAAAUCAACUGAUAGAUGAAAGCUGUAAAAAUAAUGAACAGUUGAGUAAAAAUGAAAAUGAAUGUUUCUUCUCUCAAGUACAAAUGACUGUAUCAGAUACAGAAAUAUGUGGUGAAAAUGUAGAGGAUAAUCUUGACAUUGGUAUGAAUGAAACAACUUCAGAUGUUAACAGAUCAGAAGUUUCAUCUCAAUGUAACUAUAUUGAAUCAAGAAGUACUCAGUCUGAUAUUUUAACUCCUGUUGAUGAUAUUGCUGAACAGAUGGAAUUGAUGAUUUUAAAUCAAUUAGCUCAACAAAAUGACAAUGUUGAAGUUGUGCCUGACGAUCUAGAACUUUAUUUAGAUAACCAAGAAUUGUUAUUAAAUAAUUAUGAUUCAAUACCUCGUCAAUUUGAACCACCAAAAGAGAAACCACCACCGCCACCUACAGAAGAAGCAGAACCUCUUCAAAUUACAGUCACAUCAGUUGCAAGAACAAAUUCUACUAAACGAAUAAAACAAGAAAUACAGAAGAGAAGAUCUGAUUUUUUAGGUUUGGAAAUUCAUGAUGAUGGAAUAGAUAUAGGUAAUUUAUUUAUUUUUGUAAAAAUGUAUAAAUAGUAUAAAUUUAUUAAUGUUUUUCAAAUAAUCAUUUUCAUAAAUGUAAAUUAAGGCUAAACAAAACAAAUUUGCUUCAAUAUAUGUAUAUAUAACUUCACUGAAAAGUUCAACUGAAAAAGGAGGAGAGUUGACAGCUGACCAUAAAACAGAUUACAAACUAAUUCUAAUUAUUUAGUUCUAGUCCAGAUCAGUUAAUGUUAAGAUGAUUAUCAUGAAAUGACAGACAACAAAACCCAAAUAUUAUAAGAACUAUAUUAAGGUUGUUUCGUUUUUGAAUACCAAAAACUUUUAAAAAUAGCCAGAACUAGUAUGAUAAUUAAGAAAGACUUGAUACUGGAGUUAAGAAAUACAAGCAAGAAAUAAAAUAAAAAUAAAAAUGGAGAUGAUACUGUAGAGAAAAAUAAAUUGAUGAUA